GCGGAAGUGCCGGGCUCUACGGUGGAAGGAGCCCGGGUCUGGCGGCGGGGUGUCUACUGUUUUCUCCGCGGGGAAGGCGUUUACGUGUGCCGGGCUGGGAAAUCCUGCUCUGGGGCCUUGAAUCCUUGAAUCACCGGUGGAAAUUGUUUCAAAGUCAGCCGAGUUACUUGCAGAGUCCCUAAUCGACAAGCCGUGUCUAGUGUCUGGAGUCGCCAAAAAAGCCUCUCUCCAGGCAAAUGAGUAACUGAGCAAGUCAAAUGCGCACAGCACGAAGCUGCUUUCUCCCACCUGGGGAGGAGAUGCCUGGAUGGAAAUCAGAAAAAUCCAGCCACGGGCAACAAUUACACAACAAGAAAAGCAGCUCCAGCUCAAGUUUGUGUUGGAAUCAGCCUCAGGGUCCACCUCUCCUUCUCCAGGAUCUGUGGGUUUCUGUGUGAUCAGAGCCUGGCCUGAGCGCACCGUGGGGAGAAGGGGAGACGUGUCUGCCUGGUUUCCAGGCAGGUUUCUGUGGAGUCAGGAUGGCAGCCGUGGUCCUGUCCCCCACCUGCACUCCGUCUUCCCUGUGCCCGGCCUCGCCUCCAGAAGGAUGCACAGAGGAGGAAGCCUUGGUUCACGGCUUCCUGACACACUGGUUACCGGACUUAGUGACCUUGGAGGAUGUGGCCGUGGAGUUUACCCGGGAGGAGUGGGCACUGCUGGACCGCUCGCAGAGGACGCUGUACCGUGACGUGAUGCAGGAGAACCGCAGGAACCUGGCAUCGCUUGGGUACCAUGUCGACAAGCCCAGUCUGACCUCCUGGCUGGAGCAGGAAGACCAGGGGAUGGCAGAGGAGAGAGGAACUCUCCCAGGUGCCUGUCCAGGUUUGGAGACCAUACUUAAAGCCAAAUGGUUAACUCCUAAGAAGCAUGUUCUUAGGAAAGAUCAUCCUAACGGUGUAAAAGCGGAGAGAAAUCAUCUUGGAGUGAAACUCAAUGAAUGUAAUCAGUGUUUUAAAGUCUUCAGCACAAAAUCUAACCUUACUCAGCACAAGAGAAUUCAUACUGGCGAAAAACCCUAUGACUGCAAUCAAUGUGGGAAGUCCUUUAGCAGCCGGUCUUAUCUGACUAUUCAUAAGAGGAUACACAAUGGAGAGAAGCCGUAUGAGUGCAAUGACUGUGGGAAAGCCUUCAAUGACCCCUCGUCCCUGAGACUGCAUGUGAGGAUUCACACGGGGGAGAAACCGUAUGAAUGUAACCAGUGUUUUCACGUCUUCCGCACCAGCUGUAACCUCAAAAGCCACAAGAGGAUUCACACAAGAGAGAAUCACCACGAGUGUAAUCAGUGUGGCAAGGCCUUUAGCACAAGGUCCUCCCUUACUGGACACAACAGUAUCCAUACGGGAGAGAAACCGUACGAGUGCCAGGACUGUGGGAAAACUUUUAGGAAGAGUUCAUAUUUGACCCAGCACAUGAGAACUCAUACUGGGGAGAAGCCCUAUGAGUGUAAUCAGUGUGGCAAGUCCUUCAGCAGUAGCUUUUCCCUUACUGUGCACAAGAGAAUUCAUACCGGUGAGAAACCCUAUGAAUGCAGUAAUUGUGGGAAAGCCUUUAAUAAUCUCUCAGCUGUUAAGAAACAUGUGAGAACUCACACUGGAGAGAAGCCCUACGAAUGUAAUCAUUGUGGAAAAUCUUUCACCACUAACUCUUACCUUUCAGUGCACAAGAGAAUACAUAAUAGGUGGAUAUGAGCACAAUAACUGGGAAAGCAUUAGAUGACCGUCGUAUCCCUCAGACAGCUGGCAGUAACUUGCGCUUAAUGUAAGAGACAUCUGUUGCCACAGAACACGCGUUCCUCCAAAACAUAAUGGCUUCAAGCAAUAUAUAUUUAUUAUAUCACAGUUUCUGGAGGUCAGCAGUUUAGAAAUGGCUUCACUGUGUAGUUGUGGCCCAGGAUCUUUCAUGAGGCUGGGGUCAAGAUGUCAGCUGCAGCAACAAUCAUCUUAGUCUUUGGCCCUGAAGAGUCCACGUCCAAAUGGCUAACUCAGCAUGCCUGGCAAGUUAGUGCUGCUUGUUGGCAGGGAACCUUCCUUACCUCACUCUCCACGGGGCUGGGUAUCUUUAUGGUAUAGCAGCAGGUUCCCCUCAAAGCGUUUGAGCUGGAGGGAGCGAAUGCAGAAGGCACAUGUCUUUUGUGACCCAGCCUGAGCAGGACAUAGCACUUCUACCAUACUGUAUUGGUCAUGCACACCAAGCCUAAUGCAACAUAGGGAGAAACUUGGCAAGGUGGGUGUACCUGGAGACAUCAUUGGGAAGCACCUGAGAAGCUUGCUGUGAAAACGGUGAAGAAAGUCCUUCAGACCCUCAUCCUUUCAGUCUAUUUGACAUGAAGUAGCAUUCAGCUACCCUCAUGUUCAUGCACUCAAGAGAAACCUCGUAAGUGCAAUCUUCGUGGUAAGCCUCUUCCAGCUCAAACUGAACCUCAUGUACGCCAAAGACUGCAUAUGGGGAGAAACGAAGGAAUGCGGUAGCUUUAGGGAAACGAGUGGUAUCUCUACGGGGUCAUGUGAACAUUAAUGCUCGUGAAUAUCAGAAGGCAGAAAGAAGCCUUCAGGGACACUCAGCCCUCAAAGCACACAUUGAGAAAUCACUGCAGAAGACCACUUGUAUAAGGAACGUGGAAAACCCUACAGCACCGGCGUUCCCCUUACUGAGUGAAAGACGGUGAGAUACUCUGAAUGCGCUUCCUCUGGGAAGCGUUGAAUGCUGUCUCAAUUUUUAAGAGACACGAUUGAUUCUGGAAAGAAAGUCCCGUUAAGUGUCAUCGAUACUGGAAAGCCUCUCAUUUUUCCCACAUUCCUUCGGAAACUGUGAGAACUCCCAGCAAAGAAACUUGUGAACCUAAAAAAUGAGAGAAAGCCUUUAACAAAGACUCCUACAUUAAGAAAAAUAUGAAAUUCUUCCUGGAUGCAAAUGCUUGAGAGUGUAUUAAUUUUGGAAGAUCUUCAGUGAUUCUUGUUUUUGUUGACUUGUGUGAACUCGACAGUGGAAGGAAACCCUAGAAACGUGAUAAAUAUGAGGAUACUUGAGCUCUUUACUGAGUGGUCCCCAAAUCAUUUAAACUUGGAAUGGAAAGUUAAUGCUACGAGUGUGGGUUUACCUUUACCCAUAUGUCAUCCUUAGGUUGAGCCACUAACUCAUAGAUUUUCAGUCUUUGGUUUUAGUAUAAACAUUUAUGAAAUUGUGUCCCAUAGUUUUUCUAUCUAAUAUGUUUACUAUGAUUUACUCUUUAAAAAUAGCAAUGCCUAGCAUACUUGAAAAGGUAUUUCUGAAUAUUUCCUGAAUGAGUUUAUCAGAGUGGAAAUGACUUAAUAUUUAUAUAUGCUUUUAAAAACACAAUGGCAUUUUCGUCAAGGAAGUGGACUUUAUGAUGUCCUUUAUCUUUCUGUCCCAGGAUGGCAGUUUUGGUUAGCUUCUUUCCCAGUGUCCCAUUCUCCCUUACUCAAAACAAUCUUUUGUUCAAGUUGUCAAUGGUUAGUAUUGAAAAUACUCAACCUUCAGGGCUUCCCUGAAGCCCAGAAUGGUGGCGUCUUGUCUGCUGGCAUGAGAGGCAGGUCGAAGUCACUAGGGGAGUGUCAUCUGGCUUGUUCGCUUUCCUGUUCUGUCUCUGGAAAGUGGACUCAAGGCCUAGAGUUGGAAGAGCUAUAUUUUGAUGAUGAAAAGAAACAGUGUGACAAAGAAUCCUAGUGAUACGGGUUCCCCACAAGCCUGUGAUUGGCUGUAUCAGUUCUGGACCUCUAACCCUUAGACUUUUCCUUACAUGAUUAAAAGUAACCUCUAGCUGGUUGAUGCCAAAGUGAUUUUGAGGUUUUUUUUGAGGCAGUGGUCUGUUAAUGUCAAGGGGGAUGUGAUAUCUAACUGGUAAACCUAUUUGUUGGUCGGAUUUUAUAAAUGCUUCAGUUUCUUUGAAAACAAUGUGUAUUUUCUAAUUUUUACAUAAGAGUAUAUACCUAUUAACUUAAGGUAAUUGUGUGUCCAGAUCUAGUAUGUACCUAAGAUUUUUGUCUUCAGACUUCUUUAGCAAUAGAUAUUAAAGCUUUCUUUCUGCCAUGGGUGUGGAAUAAUAGA